AUGGGUGUGACUAUGGGACACUGUGUGGGCACAAGGCCUCCUUCCUGCCUCCUCCUGCUGCUCCUGAAGCUGUUGGCCACUGUCUCCCAGGGGCUGCCAGGAACGGGGCCCCUGGGCUUCCACUUCACACAUUCCAUCUAUAAUGCUACUGUGUAUGAAAACUCGGCAGCGAGGACCUAUGUCAACAGUCAGAAUAGAAUGGGCAUCACCCUAAUAGACCUGUCCUGGGAUAUCAAGUAUAGAAUAGUGUCUGGUGACGAGGAAGGUUUUUUCAAAGCUGAGGAGGUCAUCAUUGCAGAUUUCUGCUUUCUCAGGAUAAGAACUAAGGGUGGCAAUUCUGCCAUACUAAACAGGGAAAUCCAAGACAAUUAUUUAUUAAUCAUAAAAGGUUCAGUCAGAGGAGAAGAUUUGGAAGCAUGGACCAAAGUGAACAUCCAGGUUUUAGACAUGAAUGACCUGAGGCCUCUGUUUUCACCUACAACCUACUCAGUCACCAUUGCAGAAAGCACACCACUUAGGACUAGUGUUGCCCAGGUGACGGCUACAGAUGCAGACAUCGGUUCCAAUGGAGAAUUCUACUACUACUUUAAAAACAAAGUUGAGCUUUUUUCAGUCCACCCCACAAGUGGUGUCAUCUCUUUAAGUGGACGAUUAAAUUAUGAUGAGAAGAACAGAUAUGAUCUAGAAAUCUUAGCAGUGGACCGGGGAAUGAAACUCUAUGGCAAUAAUGGAGUAAGCAGUACUGCUAAGCUUUAUGUUCACAUUGAACGCAUAAAUGAACAUGCUCCAAUUAUCCAUGUUGUCACUCACAUCCCUUUCUCAUUGGACAAGGAGCCAACAUAUGCAGUAGUGACAGUUGAUGACCUGGACGAGGGAGCCAAUGGAGAGAUCGAAUCUGUUUCCAUCGUGGCUGGAGAUCCUCUGGAUCAGUUCUUCCUGGCUAAAGAAGGAAAGUGGAUGAAUGAGUAUAAAGUCAAGGAGAGAAGGCAGGUGGACUGGGAGAGCUUCUCCUAUGGCUACAACCUCACUCUCCAAGCGAAAGACAAAGGGUCACCUCAGAAGUUUUCAGAACUAAAGACAGUCCACAUUGCCAAUCCCAGGAGAGACAGCAUCCCAGUCAGGUUUGAAAAAGAUGUGUAUGAAGUCAGCAUAAGUGAGUUUUCCCCUCCUGGUGUCUUGGUGGCCAUAGUCAAGGUAAAUCCAGAGCCGCUGGAUGUGGAAUAUAAACUAUCUCCUGGUAAGGAUGCAGAGUACUUCAAAAUUAACCCUCGGUCAGGUCUGAUUGUCACAGCACAGCCCCUGAAUAUAGUGAAGAAGGAAGUUUAUAAGUUGGAGGUGACGAACAAAGAAGGAGAUGUGAAGGCACAAGUCACCAUUGGGAUUGAGGAUGCCAAUGACCACACCCCAGAAUUCCAGCAGACAGUGUAUGAGACUUUCGUGAAUGAGAGUAUUCCUGUUGGAACAAAUGUGUUGACUGUGUCUGCCUCUGAUAAGGAUAAAGGAGAAAAUGGCUACAUCACUUACAGCAUUGCCAGCCUGAAUCUUUUACCGUUUGCCAUUAACCAGUUCACAGGUGUGAUCAGCACAACUGAAGAGUUAGAUUUUGAAUCCUCCCCAGAGACAUACAGGUUCAUUGUGAGAGCAUCUGAUUGGGGGUCACCAUACCGCCAUGAAAGUGAGGUGAAUGUGACCAUUCGGGUAGGGAAUAUCAAUGACAACAGCCCUCUCUUUGAAAAAGUGGCUUGCCAGGGAGUUAUUUCAUAUGACUUUCCUGUUGGGGGUCACAUCACAGCUGUCUCUGCAAUUGAUAUUGAUGAACUUGAGCUUGUAAAGUACAAAAUCAUUUCUGGAAAUGAACUUGGGUUCUUUUAUUUAAACCCAGACUCUGGUGUUUUACAGCUUAAAAAGCCACUGAUGAAUUCUGGCAUUAAAAAUGGUAAUUUUGCCCUCAGAAUCACAGCUACAGAUGGGGAGAAUUUCGCAGACCCCAUGACCAUUAACAUCUCAGUACUCCAUGGGAAAGUGUCUUCAAAGAGCUUCAGCUGCCGAGAAACUCGUGUGGCUCAGAAAUUGGCAGAGAAACUACUCAUUAAAGCAAAAGCUAAUGGGAAACUGAAUCUAGAAGAUGGAUUUCUUGACUUUUAUUCAAUUAAUAGGCAAGGACCACACUUUGACAAGUCUUUCCCCUCUGAUGUGGCUGUGAAGGAGGAUAUGCCAGUUGGAACUAACAUCCUGAAGAUUAAAGCAUAUGAUGCUGACUCUGGCUUCAAUGGGAAAGUCCUGUUUACAAUAUCAGAUGGAAAUACAGACAGUUGCUUCAAUAUUGAUAUGGAGACUGGACAACUUAAAGUCCUCAUGCCCAUGGACCGAGAGCAUAGAGACCUCUAUCUUCUCAACAUAACUAUCUAUGACCUUGGAAAGCCACAGAAAUCAUCAUGGCGAUUGCUGACUGUCAAUGUGGAGGAUGCUAACGACAACAACCCAGUGUUUCUUCAGGACAGCUACUCAGUCAGCAUUCUUGAAAGUUCGAGUAUUGGCACUGAGAUUAUUCAAGUGGAGGCAAGAGACAAAGACCUGGGUUCUAAUGGUGAGGUAAUGUACUCUGUUUUGACAGACACACAUCAGUUUACCAUCAAUAGCUCAACUGGAAUUGUCUCUGUAGCUGAUCAAUUGGACAGGGAAUCCAAAGCCAACUAUUCGUUGAAAAUAGAAGCCAGGGACAAAGCAGAAAGUGGCCAACAACUGUUUUCUGUUGUCACCUUGAAGAUCUUUCUGGAUGAUGUCAACGACUGCUCCCCAGCUUUCAUCCCCACUAGCUACAGUGUGAAGGUUCUUGAAGAUCUCCCUGUUGGCACAGUCAUUGCUUGGCUUGAAACUCAGGAUCCUGACCUUGGAUUAGGGGGUCAAGUGCGUUACUCUCUGAUCAAUGAUUAUAAUGGGAGAUUUGAAAUAGACAAAGCAAGUGGUGCUAUCCGCUUGAGCAAAGAGCUAGACUAUGAGAAGCAGCAAUUCUACAACCUCACAGUCAGAGCCAAAGACAAAGGGCGGCCUGUCUCUUUGUCAUCAGUAUCCUUUGUUGAGGUGGAGGUGGUGGAUGUCAAUGAAAACCUACAUAUGCCCUAUUUCCCAGACUUUGCUGUUGUUGGAUCUGUAAAAGAAAACUCACGGAUUGGAACAAGUGUGCUGCAGGUGACUGCCCAUGAUGAGGAUUCUGGUAGGGAUGGAGAGAUCCAGUACUCCAUAAGAGAUGGCAGUGGUCUCGGGAGAUUCAGCAUAGAUGAUGAGAGUGGAGUCAUCACUGCUGCUGACAUUCUAGAUCGAGAGACAACGGGGUCAUAUUGGCUGACAGUGUAUGCCACAGACAGGGGCGUGGUCCCUCUCUAUUCCACCAUUGAAGUCUACAUUGAAGUUGAAGAUGUGAAUGACAAUGCCCCCCUGACCUCGGAACCCAUCUAUUAUCCUGUUGUCAUGGAAAAUUCUCCCAAGGAUGUGUCUGUCAUUCAGAUACAAGCAGAAGAUCCCGACUCUGGUUCCAAUGAAAAACUGACCUAUAGGAUUACAAGUGGAAAUCCGCAGAACUUUUUUGCCAUAAAUAUCAAAACAGGUCUGAUUACCACGACUUCAAGGAAAUUGGAUCGAGAGCAGCAGGCGGAACAUUUUCUGGAGGUGACAGUGACGGAUGGUGGUUCUUCUCCAAAACAGUCAACCAUUUGGGUGGUAGUUCAGGUUCUGGAUGAAAAUGACAACAAGCCCCAGUUCCCUGAGAAGGUCUACCAGAUCAAGCUUCCAGAACGUGACCGCAAGAAAAGGGGAGAACCUAUUUACAGGGCUUUUGCAUUUGACCGAGAUGAAGGCCCCAAUGCAGAAAUCUCCUACAGUAUUGUGGAUGGGAAUGAUGAUGGAAAGUUCUUUAUUGACCCUAAAACUGGCAUGGUCUCUUCCAGAAAGCAAUUCACAGCAGGAAGUUAUGACAUCCUGACGAUCAAGGCUGUGGACAAUGGCCGACCACAGAAAUCCUCCACGGCCCGCCUCCAUAUUGAAUGGAUUAAGAAGCCCCCACCUUCACCUAUACCACUGAUGUUCGACGAACCAUUUUACAACUUCACAGUCAUGGAAAGUGACAAAGUAACGGAGAUUGUAGGGGUGGUGUCUGUGCAGCCAGCUAACACCCCUCUGUGGUUUGACAUCGUUGGGGGGAAUUUUGACAGCUCUUUUGAUGCAGAGAAGGGUGUUGGGACAAUUGUCAUUGCAAAACCAUUGGAUGCAGAGCAAAGGUCAGUCUACAACAUGAGCGUGGAAGUCACCGAUGGAACAAAUGUUGCUGUCACUCAGGUAUUUAUCAAAGUGCUGGAUAAUAAUGAUAAUGGCCCAGAAUUCUCCCAGCCACAUUACGAUGUGACGAUUUCUGAGGAUGUGCUUCCGGAUACAGAAAUACUGCAGAUUGAGGCCACAGACAGAGAUGAGAAGCAUAAGCUGAGCUACACCAUCCACAGUAGCAUCGAUACCAUGAGCAUGAGGAAGUUCCGGAUGGAUCCCAGCACAGGCGUACUCUACACUGCUGAAAGGCUGGACCAUGAGGCCCAGGACAAGCACAUCCUCAACAUAAUGGUCAGAGAUCAGGAAUUUCCUUACCGAAGAAACUUGGCCAGAGUCAUUGUGAACGUGGAGGAUGCUAACGAUCACAGCCCUUACUUUACCAGUCCACUGUAUGAAGCAUCGGUGUUCGAAUCAGCUGCUCUGGGAUCAGUUGUUCUGCAAGUGACAGCUCUGGACAAAGACAAAGGGGAAAAUGCAGAGCUCAUAUAUUCCAUAGAAGCAGGGAACACAGGGAACACGUUUAAGAUUGAACCAGUCCUGGGCAUCAUUACCAUCUCCAAAGAGCCAGACAUGACAGCCAUGGGUCAGUUUGUCCUGUCAGUUAAAGCCACGGACCAAGGCUCUCCACCAAUGUCUGCCACUGCAAUUGUCCGCGUCUCCAUCAGCAUGUCUGAUAACUCCCACCCCAAGUUCACACACAAAGACUAUCAAGCUGAAGUAAAUGAAAACGUUGAUAUUGGAACUUCUGUCAUCCUGAUCUCUGCAAUCAGCCAGUCAACCCUCAUUUAUGAGGUCAAAGAUGGAAACAUCAAUGGAGUCUUUACCAUAAAUCCAUAUUCUGGAGUCAUCACCACUCGGAGAGCUCUGGAUUAUGAGCAGACCUCUGCCUAUCAACUCAUCAUCCAGGCUACUAACAUGGCAGGCAUGGCUUCCAAUGCCACCGUCAGCAUUCAGAUUGUGGAUGAAAAUGAUAACCCUCCAGUGUUUCUCUCCUCUCAAUACUCAGGCAGCCUGAGUGAGGCCGCCCCCAUCAAUAGCAUUGUCAGCAGUCUAGACAACAGCCCAUUGGUGAUCCGAGCCACGGAUGCUGACAGUAACCAAAAUGCGUUACUGGUUUAUCAGAUUGUGGAGUCCACAGCCAAGAAGUUCUUCACAGUGGACUCCAGCACAGGGGCCAUCAGAACAAUCGCCAGUCUAGACCAUGAAGCCAUUGCACAUUUCCAUUUCCACGUGCAUGUGAGAGACAGUGGGAGCCCCCAGCUGACUGCAGAGAGCCCUGUUGAAGUCAACAUUGAGGUGAUAGAUGUGAAUGACAACCCACCUGUGUUCACUCAGGCUGUGUUUGAGACUGUCUUACUUCUCCCCACCUAUGUUGGUGUGGAGGUUCUGAAGGUGAGUGCCACAGACCCUGACUCUGAGGUACCCCCUGAACUGACAUACAGCCUCAUGGAAGGGGGUGUGGAUCAUUUUCUCAUGGACCCAAAUAGUGGAGUGCUCACCAUAAAAGACAAUAAUCUCUCCAAAGAUCAUUACAUGCUGAUAGUCAAAGUAUCUGAUGGGAAGUUCUACAGUACCGCCAUGGUCACUAUCAUGGUCAAAGAAGCCAUGGACAGUGGCCUCCACUUCACACAAAGUUUUUAUUCCACCUCCAUCUCAGAGAACAGCACAAAUAUAACCAAAGUUGCUAUUGUCAAUGCAGUUGGAAACCGCCUUAAUGAGCCCUUAAAAUACAGCAUCUUAAACCCAGGAAAUAAAUUCAAGAUAAAAUCUACCUCAGGAGUCAUUCAGACCACAGGAGUACCCUUUGACCGCGAAGAACAGGAGUUAUAUGAGUUGGUGGUGGAAGCCAGCCGUGAGCUAGACCAUUUGCGUGUGGCGAGGGUGGUAGUCAGGGUUAACAUUGAAGAUGUAAAUGACAACUCUCCUGUCUUUGUGGGCCUCCCUUACUAUGCUGCUGUGCAAGUCGAUGCUGAGCCAGGGACUCUAAUAUACCGGGUGACAGCCAUCGACAAAGAUAAAGGUGCCAAUGGAGAAGUGACCUACAUCUUGCAGGAUGACUAUGGCCACUUUGAAAUUAACCCUAAUUCAGGGAAUGUGAUUUUAAAAGAAGCAUUCAACUCAGACCUCUCCAACAUUGAUUAUGGAGUCACCAUCCUCGCCAAGGAUGGUGGCAAUCCAUCUCUAUCCAAAUCAGUGGAACUUCCCAUAACCAUUGUUAACAAAGCAAUGCCUGUGUUUGAUAAGCCCUUCUAUACAGCAACAAUCAAUGAAGAUGUCACAAUGAACACUCCCAUUCUCAGUAUCAAUGCCACCAGCCCAGAAGGCCAAGGCAUCAUAUACCUCAUCAUUGAUGGGGAUCCCUUCCAACAGUUUAACAUUGACUUUGACACAGGGGUCCUGAAAGUCAUUAGUCCUUUGGAUUAUGAAGUCACAUCCGUUUACAAGUUGACGGUGCGAGCCAGUGAUGCUCUUACAGGUGCCAGGGCUGAAGUCAUUGUGGAUGUGCUGGUGGAUGACGUCAAUGAUAACCCUCCUGUUUUUGAUCAACCCACUUACAACACAACACUAUCUGAAGCAUCUCUCAUUGGAACCCCUGUUCUGCAACUUGUCUCAACAGAUGCAGACUCAGGAAACAACAAGCUGGUGCAUUAUCAGAUUGUCCAGGAUACUUACAACAGCACAGAUUACUUUCACAUUGAUAGCUCAAGUGGCUUAAUCCUGACAGCAAGGAUGCUAGACCAUGAGCUGGUGCAACACUGCACCUUGAAAGUCACAGCAACUGAUAAUGGUUUUCCGUCCAUGAGCAGUGAAGUCCUGGUUCAUAUCUAUAUUUCUGAUGUCAAUGACAACCCCCCAGUUUUUAAUCAGCUCAUUUAUGAGUCCUAUGUGAGUGAAUUAGCCCCCAGAGGUCAUUUUGUAACCUGUGUGCAAGCCUCAGAUGCAGACAGCUCUGACUUUGACCGGUUGGAAUACAGCAUUUUAUCCGGGAAUGAUCGUACCAGCUUUCUGAUGGACAGCAAGAGUGGAGUCCUCACACUAUCUAGCCACAGGAAGCAGCGCAUGGAGCCUCUGUACAGUCUCAAUGUGUCUGUGUCUGACGGGCUGUUUACAAACACUGCUCAGGUGCACAUCAGAGUGCUUGGAGCAAACUUGUAUAGCCCGGCCUUCUCACAAAGCACAUAUGUAGCUGAGGUAAGAGAGAAUGCAGCUUCUGGGACAAAGGUCAUUCAUGUCCCAGCCACAGACGGGGAUCCAGGAACAUAUGGACAGAUCAGCUACUCCAUCAUCAAUGACUUUGCCAAGGAUCGAUUCCUAAUAGACAGCAAUGGACAAAUCAUCACAACAGAAAGACUAGACCGCGAAAACCCGCUGGAAGGAGACAUUAGCAUUUAUCUGCGGGCCCUGGAUGGUGGUGGGAGAACGACAUUCUGCACUGUGAGGGUGAUUGUGGUGGAUGAAAAUGACAAUGCCCCUCAGUUCAUGACAGUGGAGUAUAGGGCCAGCGUCAGGGCUGACGUAGGAAGGGGACACUUAGUCACUCAAGUUCAAGCUUUGGAUCCAGAUGAUGGAGCAAAUUCUAGGAUUACAUAUUCUCUCUACAGUGAGGCCUCCGUCUCAGUGGCUGACCUCUUGGAAAUUGAUCCUGAUAAUGGCUGGAUGGUGACCAAGGGCAAUUUUAACCAACUAAAAAAUACAGUUCUGUCCUUCUUCGUGAAGGCAGUAGACGGUGGCAUCCCAGUCAGGCACUCCCUCAUUCCUGUCUACAUCCAUGUCCUGCCCCCUGAAACAUUCCUGCCUUCAUUCACCCAGUCACAGUACUCCUUUACCAUUGCAGAAGAUACAGCCAUUGGAAGCACAGUGGACACCCUGAGGAUUCUGCCCAAUCAGAGUGUUCGGUUCAGCAUGGUUAAUGGAGAACGUCCAGAGAAUAACAAAGAGGGUGUCUUUAUCAUAGAACAAGAGACAGGUGCAAUCAAGCUGGACAAGCGCCUUGACCAUGAAGUUAGCCCAGCUUUCCACUUCAAAGUAGCAGCUACUAUACCCCUGGACAAGGUGGACAUCGUAUUCACUGUGGAUGUAGAUGUCAAGGUAUUGGAUCUGAAUGACAACAAGCCAGUCUUUGAAACAUCAAGCUACGAGACAAUCAUAAUGGAGGGGAUGCCUGUCGGCACGAAGCUUGCCCAGGUGAGAGCCAUAGACAUGGACUGGGGAGCCAAUGGGCAGGUCACUUACUCCCUACACUCAGAUUCCCAUCUCGAAAAGGUAAUGGAAGCAUUCGAUAUUGACAGCAACACAGGAUGGAUCAGUACACUGAAGGACCUGGACCAUGAGACAGACCCUGCCUUCUCCUUCUCUGUGGUGGCUUCUGACCUGGGAGAGGCUUUCUCUCUUUCUUCCAUGGCUCUGGUCUCAGUCAAGGUGACAGAUAUAAAUGACAAUGCACCAGUCUUUGCUCAUGAGGUGUACCGAGGAAAUGUAAAGGAGAGCGACCCACCAGGAGAGGUGGUAGCUGUUCUCAGCACCUUGGACAAAGAUACCUCCAACAUAAAUCGACAAGUGAGCUACCACAUCACUGGAGGGAACCCCCGAGGACGGUUUGCCCUGGGCAUGGUGCAGAGUGAGUGGAAGGUCUAUGUGAAGAGGCCUCUGGAUCGAGAGGAACAAGACGUUUACUUCCUCAAUAUCACCGCCUCUGAUGGACUCUUUGUCACACAGGCCAUGGUGGAAGUGACUGUUAGUGAUGUAAACGACAACAGCCCAAUAUGUGAUCAGGUUGCAUAUUCAGCAUCUCUUCCAGAAGACAUUCCAUCAAAUAAAAUCAUUCUGAAGGUCAGCGCCAAGGAUGCGGAUAUUGGAUCCAAUGGAGAUAUACGAUAUUCACUCUAUGGAUCUGGAAACACUGAAUUUUUUCUAGAUCCAGAAAGUGGUGAGUUAAAAACCUUGGCCCUGUUGGACCGGGAGAGGGUCCCUGUAUACAACCUGAUUGCCAGGGCCACUGACGGGGGUGGCCGCUUCUGCCACGCCAAUGUCCUCCUGCUCCUGGAAGAUGUGAACGACAACCCCCCUGUGUUUUCUUCCAACCACUACACUGCAUGUGUCUACGAGAAUACGGCCACUAAGGCUCUGCUGACCAGAGUGCAAGCCAUGGACCCCGAUGUUGGCAUCAACAGGAAGGUUGUGUACUCCCUGGAGGACUCAGCCAGUGGGGUCUUCUCCAUCGACAGCUCUUCUGGUGUCAUCAUCCUGGAGCGGCCUCUAGACAGAGAGCAGCAGUCAUCAUAUAACAUCAGUGUGCGGGCCACCGACCAGAGUCCAAGACAAUCCCUCUCCUCUCUCGCCUCUGUCACCAUCACUGUACUGGACAUCAAUGACAACCCACCAGUGUUUGAGAGGAGGGAUUACCUAGUAACAGUGCCUGAGGACACUUCCCUUGGUACCCAAGUCCUCUCUGUUUUCGCCACCAGCAAAGAUAUUGGCACAAAUGCUGAGAUAACGUAUCUCAUCCGGUCUGGGAAUGAACAAGGGAAAUUUAGAAUCAACCCAAAGACAGGGGGUAUUUCUGUCUUGGAAGCUCUGGACUAUGAGACAUGCAAAAGAUUUUACCUGGUGGUAGAAGCUAAAGAUGGGGGCACCCCAGCCCUAAGCGCUGCAGCCACCAUCAGCAUCGACCUCACAAAUGUGAACGAUAACCCUCCCCAAUUCAGCCAAGAUGUCUACAGCGCUGUCAUCAGUGAGGAUGCCUUAGAGGGGGACUCUGUCAUUCUGCUGAUAGCAGAAGAUGUGGAUAGCAAGCCCAAUGGGCAGAUUCGUUUUUCCAUUGUGGGUGGAGACAGGGACAAUGAAUUUGCUGUGGAUCCCAUCUUGGGACUUGUGAAGGUUAAGAAGAAACUGGACCGGGAACGGGUGUCGGGAUACUCCCUGCUCAUCCAAGCAGUAGAUAGUGGCAUUCCUUCAAUGUCCUCAACUACAACUGUCAACAUUGAUAUUUCUGAUGUGAAUGACAACAGCCCCGUGUUUACACCUGCCAACUAUACUGCUGUGAUUCAGGAAAAUAAGCCAGUGGGUACCAGCAUCUUACAGCUUGUGGUGACAGACAGAGACUCCUUUCACAAUGGACCUCCCUUCUCCUUCUCUAUUUUGUCGGGAAAUGAAGAUGAGGAGUUUGUGCUGGACUCCCAUGGGAUCCUGAGGUCAGCGGUGGUCUUCCGGCACAUGGAUUCCCCCGAAUACCUGCUGUGCAUACAGGCAAAAGACUCAGGAAAACCGCAGCAAGUUUCUCAUACCUACAUCCGUGUGCGGGUCAUUGAGGAAAGCACCCACAAACCCACAGCCAUCCCUCUGGAAAUUUUCAUUGUCACCAUGGAGGAUGAUUUUCCAGGUGGGGUCAUUGGAAAGAUCCAUGCCACAGAUCAGGACAUGUAUGAUGUGCUUACGUUUGCCCUGAAAUCAGAGCAGAAGAGCUUGUUCAAAGUGAAUAGUCAUGACGGGAAAAUCAUUGCACUGGGCGGGUUGGACAGUGGGAAGUAUGUCCUGAAUGUCUCUGUGAGUGAUGGCCGCUUCCAAGUGCCCAUUGAUGUCGUUGUGCACGUGGAGCAGCUGGUGCACGAGAUGCUGCAAAACACUGUCACCAUCCGCUUUGAGAAUGUGUCCCCUGAGGACUUCGUGGGGCUGCACAUGCAUGGGUUCCGGCGCAUCCUGCGGAACGCGGUCCUCACCCAGAAGCAGGACAGCCUGCGCAUUAUCAGCAUCCAGCCUGUGGUGGGAACCAACCAGUUGGACAUGCUAUUUGCUGUGGAGAUGCACAGCAGCGAGUUCUACAAGCCGGCCUACCUGAUCCAGAAGCUGUCCAACGCCAGGAGGCACCUGGAGAAUGUCAUGCAUAUAGCAGCCAUCCUGGAGAAGAACUGCUCGGGUCUGGACUGUCAGGAGCAGCACUGUGAGCAAGGCUUGUCACUGGAUUCCCACGCACUCAUGACCUACAGCACAGCGCGCAUCAGCUUCGUGUGUCCGCGUUUCUAUAGGAACGUGCGCUGCACCUGUAAUGGAGGUGUGUGUCCAGGGUCCAAUGAUCCUUGUGUGGAGAAGCCAUGUCCGGAGGACAUGCAAUGUGUGGGUUAUGAGGCCAGCAGGAGACCAUUUCUCUGCCAGUGUCCACCAGGAAAACUUGGAGAGUGCUCAGGGCACACUUCUCUCAGCUUUGCUGGAAACAGUUACAUCAAGUACCGGCUUUCUGAAGAUAGCAAAGAAGAAGACUUCAAGCUGGCUCUGCGCCUGAGAACCCUACAAAGCAAUGGGAUCAUAAUGUACACCCGGGCCAACCCCUGCAUGAUUCUGAAGAUUGUGGAAGGCAAGCUGUGGUUCCAGCUGGACUGUGGCAGCGGCCCUGGGAUCCUAGGCAUCUCCAGCCGUGCUGUCAAUGACGGGAGCUGGCACUCGGUCUUCCUGGAGCUCAAUCGCAAUUUCACCAGCCUGGCCCUGGACGACAGCUAUGUGGAGCGGCGCAGGGCGCCCCUGUACUUCCAGACACUAAACACCGACAGUGCCAUCUUCUUUGGUGCUCUAGUACAGGCGGAUAACAUCCGCAGUCUGACAGACACUCGAGUCACACAGGUCCUCGGUGGCUUCCAGGGUUGCCUAGACUCCGUGGUACUUAAUCACAAUGAGCUGCCCCUCCAGAACAAGCGCAGCAGCUUCGCGGAGGUCGUGGGUCUGACGGAGUUGAAGCUGGGCUGUGUACUCUACCCAGAUGCAUGCCAACGCAACCCUUGUCUGCAUGGGGGCAGCUGCAGUGGCCUGCCCUCUGGCGGUUAUCAGUGUUCCUGCCUCUCACAGUUCACAGGGAGAAACUGUGAAUCAGAGAUCACAGCCUGCUUCCCCAACCCUUGCCGGAAUGGAGGAUCCUGCGACCCCAUAGGAAACACCUUUGUCUGCAGCUGUAAAGCUGGCCUCACAGGUGUCACGUGCGAGGACGACGUGGACGAGUGUGAGCGAGAGGAGUGUGAGAAUGGGGGUGCCUGUGUCAACCUGUUCGGCUCCUUCUUCUGCAACUGCACCCCAGGCUAUGUGGGCCAGUACUGUGGUUUGCGUCCCGUGGUCGUGCCCAACAUCCAAGCUGGCCACUCAUACGUGGGCAAAGAGGAACUGAUAGGCAUUGCUGUGGUCCUUUUCGUCAUUUUCACCCUGGUCGUGCUCUUCAUCGUCUUUCGCAAGAAGGUCUUUCGAAAGAACUACUCACGGAACAACAUCACGCUAGUGCAGGACCCAGCCACAGCAGCGCUGCUGCACAAGAGCAAUGGCAUCCCAUUCCGCAGCCUGCGUGGAGGCGACGGGCGCAAUGUGUACCAGGAAGUGGGACCCCCGCAGGUGCCAGUGCGCCCCAUGGCCUACACGCCCUGCUUCCAGAGCGACUCCAGGAGCAAUCUGGACAAGGGCCUGGAUGCACUGGGUGGUGAGCCACAGGAGAUGAGCACGUUCCACCCGGAGUCCCCUCGCAUCCUGACAGCACGUCGGGGUGUGGUGGUAUGCAGCGUGGCCCCCAACCUCCCAGCUGUGUCGCCAUGCCGCUCUGACUGCGAUUCCAUCCGAAAGAAUGGCUGGGACACAGGAUCUGAAAACAAAGGGGCUGAUGACCCCGGAGAGGUGACCUGCUUCACGAACAGUAACAAAGGCAGUAACUCCGAAGUUCAGUCCCUCAGCUCUUUCCAGUCGGAUUCUGGUGAUGACAAUGCAUCCAUAGUGACUGUCAUUCAACUUGUCAACAAUGUAGUUGACUCUAUAGAGAAUGAAGUGUCUGUCAUGGACCAAGGACAGAACUACAACAGAGCCUAUCACUGGGACACCUCUGACUGGAUGCCUGGAGCACGGCUGUCCGACAUCGAGGAAAUGCCCAACUAUGAGAGCCAAGAUGGAGGGUCAGCACACCAGGGUAGCACACGAGAGUUGGAGAGUGACUACUACCUAGGUGGAUAUGACAUUGACAGUGAAUACCCCCCACCUCAUGAAGAAGAGUUCCUGAGUCAGGAUCAGCUGCCACCGCCACUGCCUGAGGACUUCCCUGACCAGUAUGAGGCCUUGCCUCCCUCCCAGCCCACCUCACUAGCUGGCACCAUGAGCCCAGACUGCAGGAGAAGGCCCCAGUUUCACCCCAGCCAGUACCUCCCUCCUCACCCUCUUCCCAAUGAAACAGAUUUGGGGGGCCCACCCUCCAACUGUGAUUUUAGUACUUUCGCAGUAAGCAUGAACCAGGGCACAGAAGUGAUGGGCCAAGCAGACAGCGUGUCUCUGUCCUUGCACAAUUCCAGAGGCACCUCAUCCUCAGACAUGUCAGUCCGCUGUGGCUUUGACGAUUCUGAGGUAGCCAUGAGUGACUAUGAGAGCGCAGGAGAGCUCAACCUCGCCAACCUUCACAUUCCCUUCGUGGAAACGCAGCACCAAACCCAGGUGUAG